AUGUGGUCUAAACUGGAAAGAUGGAGGCCUACUGUCUACAUGUUGGUGGAGUAUUAUUUCAGUGAUGUAAAUUUGGCUACUACUGAUCAUUUAAUGAGGUACAUCAACAACGAUCCUGAUGGAUAUGUGCCAAUAUCUGUUGUUGUGUCUUUUAAGAAGAUCAAAGCCCUCAUUAGUAGUAAUUCACAGCUUGCCAGUCUUCUGCGGAACUCAGCAAAGCUUGUGGUUAGUGAAGAUGGAAAGAAAGUUAGACGCCAGCAUCCCCUGACUGAGUCAGACAUGGAAGAGUUGCAAUCUCGAAUAAUUGUUGCUGAAAAUUUGCCCGAGGACCAUUGCCACCAGAACCUCAUGAAGAUUUUCUCAGCUGUAGGGAGUGUGAAAACAAUUCGUACCUGUCAGCCUCAAACUUCGAAUGGUGGAGCAAUUUCAUCAUCUAGGACAGUGAAAGCGGAAGGCAUGCUUUUCAGUAACAAGUUGCAUGCUUUUGUGGAAUACGAGUCCAUUGAGCUGGCUGAGAAAGCGGUUGCAGAGCUAAAUGACGAGGGUAAUUGGAGGAAUGGUCUAAAAGUCCGUUUAUUGCUUAGACGCACAGGUAAAUCUGCUCAAGUGCGAGUGAAGAAAGUUGGGCAUGAGGGUGAAACUAACUGCAAGGAAGAUGAUGCAUCUACAUCGGAGCUGAAACAACCCAAUGAGAAACAUUUAGAGGAUCGUUCUCAGCAUACAAAUGUCCAAUCAAAUGAGCUUGCCGUAAGUCCAAUUGGCCAUUUUUUAAUAUAUAUAUGCUUCUUCCAAUGGCUGUUAUUUGAAACGGAAAAAGGACCACCAGUCCACAAAAUAUAA